CUGGUACUGAAGGACCCAGAAGCAGCGAUAGUAUUGUUCUGGAAGGCAAUAAACGAAGGAGAUAGAGUAGAUAGUGCACUCAAGGAUAUGGCUGUGGUGAUGAAGCAGCAGGACAGAGCUGAAGAAGCCAUUGAAGCCAUUAAAUCCUUUAGGUAUCGUUGCUCCAAACAGGCUCAGGAAUCCCUGGAUAAUGUCCUCAUCGACUUAUACAAGAAAUGUGGAAGAGUAGAUGAACAGAUUGAGCUGCUAAAGCAGAAGCUCAGACUGAUAUACCAAGGGGAAGCCUUCAAUGGCAAACCCACCAAGACGGCUCGCUCUCAUGGGAGGAAGUUCCAGGUUUCCAUCAAGCAAGAGACUUCCAGGAUACUUGGUAAUCUGGGUUGGGCUUAUAUGCAACAAAAGAACUAUGUGGCAGCUGAGGUGGUAUAUCGAAAAGCUCAGUUGAUCGAGCCUGAUGCAAACAAGGCCUGCAACUUGGGUUUAUGCCUAAUCAAACAGGCAAGAUAUGAUGAAGCCCGGUCUGUUCUUGAAGAUGUCCUGCAA